AUAGGGAGAACAUUUCUUCUGACACUGGAGCAGCUAAGGAUGACUUGGCUCUGUCCCACUCAUGAGCUGGAGGUGAGCUGAAGACCAGGUUGAGCAGGAAAAAGAGGUUGGCUAGAGGCAAGUGUGGACACAGCAAAAAUAGGACCAGGGAGGUUUCGAUCUUAAACUAUCAGCGGCUCUUGCGCUUCUGACCUUUCUGCAAAAUCCUGAAAUUCUUGGAAAGGAAGCACUGAUGAGGUAAGCGCUUGCAAGGGAGGUCCUUUCGAAGCACACAGUUAGAACAAAUCUCCAGGGCGCUGGAAUUGCAACAGCUUUGCUUGCUUCCAAGAAAUCUUCUGCUGCAAUGGGUGGAAAAGACAUCCCGCUCCUCCUGUCUGCAGAAGGAAAGCCAGGGAAGAUGUGCACCUUCUGCCUGGGCCUCGCGACUCUCAUUUUCCUGCUUUGUUUUGUUAUCUUCCUAAUUUUGUUCGUGCAGGAGCACCAUGAAAAGGCAAUUGUCCAUCAGACUUUGGAAAGCAAAUCUCGGGAAAGGGAUGCCAUGUGGAUACAACUGCGGUCUAGCAAUCAGACCCUGAUCAAAACAGAAAAUCUUCUGGAGAUGAAGAGGAAGGAAAAUGAAGACCUCAAGUCUACCCUGGCCAUCACUAACCAGACCUUAGGAAAGAAGAUACAGCUUUUAGAAGAGACGGAACAGAAAAGGGCCAGGCUACAGGAGCAACUGGGAAUUGCGGAGCACAACCUCACCACAAUGGAAGGGCACUGGAACUCCUGCCAGGCGGAGCUGCACAUCAUGCAAGAAAAUAUUACGUCCUUCGUGGCAAUGAUCGCCCAGCAUGCUGCAGAAGAACAGAAACUCAGAGAUAUAAUCGAACAGCUCCUGGAGCAGCUUACCAUCAAAACAAGGCAGCUGACGGAUGCAAAGCGUGAGUUCCAACAGGAACGAGACAAGUUUGCCAGAUAUCGACAAGAGGUUGCAAAACAGGCACAAGAAAAUCAUAUUCCACGCAACAAAGGUAUCCUUAGUGAUUUCAACAUGGCCUUUCUCCUCUUCAUCCUUGGUGAACUUCUCCUCUUCUUAUAGCUUUGCUGACGGGAGAUGGACAUUUCCAUUUCUUCUAUCCGCAGUCCUUCACUCCUGUGGUGGACAACUCAUUUGGAGGUUAUUCCUCUGCUCUUCAAAGCUUUUCCAACUGUUGGAGGUGUGACUUGGUUCAAAUACUAUGCUGAUCGUCAUUUUAACACUAAAACACUUUGUAUUCACUUGAGGGCCAGAAUGGCCUGUCCCUCUUGCACUCCUGGAAAAUAAAAACUUUUCAUGGUAUC